CAGACGCGGGCCGGCUGCCGGGAGAGCUGUGCAGAAUCGAGCACGUGAACCGGACGCCAGAAACUUCUUUCCUCAGCUAGUUGUCGACAAACAUGUUGUCGGGUGGUGUGGUGGCGGCCAGUGACAAAUCCCUGUAGUGCCGUAAGGUUGUGCCGCGCCGGGCGCGAUCGCAAUGUGACCCGACGGGUGGAACGUGGUGUGCUGCGCGAAGCAGGUGAUCAGUAUUGGGAGUCAUGCGUCGGAACACGUCGGUGACCACUCGAAUUCACCAACCGCCGGCCCCGCCGUGCUGGUUCCGGACCUUAUUCUACGGGUCGUUCUGCUUUUGGGUGGUUUUGCAGGCUGCUACCGAGUACUAUACCACCAAGUGUCUUCACACGUAUACUCACCUGCCGCUGUUCGAAAAUGAGAAGCAAGUGGACUCCGCCUUCCUGAAUAUAGUAGCAGUCGGACUUUUAACAGUUCUUCUAGUUCUUUCAUUCAUUUAUGGAAUAUUGGCAAUAAGCAAACUUGUGGUGUUAGCAAGUGCGGCCUUCUUAGCAACUCUUCUUAUCCUCAACAUUCUGGCCGUCGGCAUCCUCAUGUCCUGCCGGUUCACCCUGAAGACGGGACCAGUGCGGAACGGCAUGCGCAUCAUGACCAUCUACCACAAGAACGCGUCGGCCAAGCACUGGUACGCCGAGAUGGACCAGUGGGCGGCUGUGUUCCCGGGCAUCCCGUCGGCGCUGCCGCCGGGCAGCACGCCGGCCGGCGGCGGGCCGCCAGCCGGGCCCACGGCGGCGGCGGUGACGGCCGCCGUGACAGCGGCGGCGGCCGUCUCCUCCAACAUGGCGGCGGGCCAGGGUCGCGAGGCCGGUAACGUGACGGUCGCGGCGGCCGCCGGCAACGGCACCCGCCCGCCGGAGACCGGCGCUGUGACCUCCCCGCCGCCGGCGGACGCCACCACGGCCGGACGCCCGUCGCCGGAACAACACGCCUGGAGCGAGGAGUACCGCACAAUGCCAACGCUUGGCUUCUACCAGAACGGCGCCUACUGCUGCGGCGUCGAGUCCGUGGCAGACUACGCGACGCACGGCGCCCAGAUUCCGCCCUCCUGUCGCUGCAAAGAGACGGAGCGCAGCGACAUGACGAGACCGUCUUGCUCGGUCAAGCCUUUCGCGAUCGCCGGCGAUGAGAUGAGCGCGGUGUGGUCGCGCGGCUGCCUCAGGGUCAGGCAGGGGUUCCUGAUGGAUCUCUUCGCGCUGCGCGACUUCCUGGCCGCCACCGUCGUGUUUCAGUUCCUGGUCAUGAUGCUGGGCGUCGUGCUCGGCCUCAACAUGCCGGACAGCAAGGGAGACGACUCGGACGACGAGGGAGGAGACUACUAG